AUGUUAAAGUUCCAAACUGAAGAUGAAGAUGAUGACCUACCUAUAGUUUCGCAAAAGAUUGAAGUUAAAGAAAAAGAGAUAGUUCCUAGUUUAACACUGAAGUUAAGCAGAGUAAAAAAACCAUUUGAAUAUGAUGAUGAGGAUGACAUACCAAAGUUAUGCAAAUCCUCAAGUAAACUAAAAAGUUUAAACUUAGAUUCUGUGGCAUUAAAUUCAAGUAAAGUAGUUGAUGAUGACAAUAGGGAAAAGUGUAAAUGCAUUGAUAAGUUAAGGAAAAUUGGUGAUGAUGGAGUUUCGUUUCGAGAGAUGACAAAUAAACAAUUUCAAUAUGCUUUGUUUAUGGACUUGCAGAAAAAUUUUCGGCAAAUCCAAGAAUCACAAGCACAAAUCCUUGAUAAGCUUAAAAUAAUUAAACAAAGUGGAGAUAUUGAUUUUGAUGUGAAUGUUGAUGAUAUUGGUAGAGACCCUAUUAAUUCGAUUGAGCAAUUUGAUGUAAUGGAAAAUAUUUUAAAUACAAGUUCUAAUGCAAGAAAACGCAAGGUAAACCAUAAAAUAUAGUAACAAGGUCAGUAAUCUUUGCAAACCU